GCAGGAGCAGAGGCAACCUGUAUCCACAGAGCUAGAGCGCACUCCAAGAGACACUUCUGCAGACAUCCGACAAACUUCUGUCACAUAUAGAAUCUGAAAAAGAAACUAAAAAUUAUGAUUAUAACGGUGGUUUCACUCUAACACAUGCAUGCUGGCUGUCUCUCCCUUUAUGUAAGAUCUGUGUUGGUUGGAUGAUGCGCUUCUGACUUGGAUUAACGCGCGGCGAUAAAGGGCGAUUCUGCGCACUUGGAAGAAUUAUGUAAGGUUGUCCAGGCAUCUUAGACUGCAGUAUUACCCUCAGACACAGCCAUGAAGUCUGUGCUGGAUGGUGUGGCCGACACCACCUUCCGGACUAUCACAUCUGGUUUACAGUAUCUGGGCUCCAACGACGCUAACUAUGACGACCCCCUCAAUGAUGUAGACUUCAAGGCAGGUUUCUCUCUGCAGAAACCCUUAUCUGCUUUCCGCAGCAACUCCUUCCCGGACAAAGUACCUGCAGACGAGGAGCUCAUCCUCAAGGGCAUCCCCUUCUUCCCCACCAAUGCCACAGACUUGUUUGGCAACAGGAGCACAUUCAGAGAUGAGACUAAUACGAUACAAUGUGGGGAGAACUUUAUGGACAUGGAGUGUUUCAUGAUCCUGACCCCGAGCCAGCAGCUGGCUGUGGCUGUCAUGUCUCUGACUCUGGGUACCUUCACAGUGCUGGAGAACCUGGUGGUGCUCUGCGUCAUCCUUCAGUCCCGCACCCUCCGGUGUCGCCCGUCCUACCACUUCAUUGGCAGCCUGGCUGUGGCUGACCUGCUGGGGAGUGUCAUAUUUGUCUACAGCUUCCUGGACUUCCACGUCUUUCAUAGGAAGGACAGCCCCAAUGUUUUCCUCUUCAAGCUGGGUGGAGUCACGGCAUCAUUCACUGCGUCUGUGGGGAGCCUUUUCCUCACUGCUAUUGACCGCUACAUCUCCAUACACCGGCCUCUCGCCUACAGGCGCAUCGUCACACGGACCAAGGCGGUUAUUGCCUUUUGCAUGAUGUGGACCAUCUCCAUCGUCAUUGCAGUGCUACCUCUGCUGGGCUGGAACUGUAAACGUCUCAACACUGUUUGCUCAGACAUAUUCCCUCUGAUUGAUGAGAACUACCUGUUGUUCUGGAUCGGCGUAACCAGCGUGCUGGUUCUUUUCAUUAUCUACGCCUACAUUUACAUCCUGUGGAAAGCUCACCACCAUGCUGUGCGCAUGCUGAGCCGCACCUCCCAGAAGAGUCUUGUUGUUUACUCAGCAGAUGGGACUAAAGUGCAGACCACACGCCCCGAGCAGGCACGCAUGGACAUCCGUCUGGCCAAGACCCUGGUGCUCAUCCUGGCGGUGCUGGUCAUCUGCUGGGGCCCAUUGCUCGCCAUCAUGGUGUAUGACCUCUUCUGGAGGAUGGACGAUGACAUCAAGACAGUAUUUGCAUUCUGCAGCAUGCUCUGCCUGCUCAACUCCACUGUCAACCCAAUCAUCUACGCCUUGAGAAGCAAGGACCUGCGGCACGCCUUCCUCAGCUCCUGCCAUGCCUGCAGGGGCAGUGCCCAGCAGUUGGACAAUAGCCUCGAGUCAGACUGCCAGAACAGAAAUGCCAACAUUUCUGCCAACAGGGCUGCAGAGAGCUGCGUGAAGACCACUGUGAAAAUAGCCAAAGUAACAAUGUCUGUGUCAACUGAAACUUCUGCAGAGGCUGUCUAAUUGGCCGUCAGGGGGGAAACUGUGUAAAUGUCAUCCUCCCCAAAUAAUGCCAUUCAACACAUUAUAGCAGAAGUUAAGAUAUUCCGGAGAAAAAAAAAAACAAAUCCUCUCUUGAAAGUAUCGACGUACAUCCUCACAUAGAUGCUUUAGUGGUUGCAUUAUUUUACGUCAGUUUGUGAGUACACGGUGUGCCAAAGUGCCAAACGGUGUUGCAGGUUCAUAGGAGGGACUCACAAUAUGAAAAGGAUUAUCAAAGACUAUCAUAAGUCUGCUGUUUACCAUAGACUUCAUGAUAUCCAGUUAGUGAAGGCAUAUUAUAUUUUUGUACUGUGAAUUCAGGUUUUGAAAACAAUAUAUCUUCAUUUAUGGGAUAAGGGGCUACUGACAUUUUUAAUUCGAGAUGUUUUACUGUGUCAUUUAGACUUUAAAAAUGUGUCUUGCACCAUAAAUAUAACAAAUCUCCGCGUCUUGACUUUCUACAGGCUUCAUGUACAUGUCGCAUAAAGGCAUUUCUAUGAGGGAAUGAGCUAGAAAAAAAAGACUGAUUGUUUAUUUCCAAAAUUGCUGUUAAACGUGUCACUUUUGUACUUGUUCUGGCAGUGAGUCACAAAAUGAUGAGAUUUUGAGAAAUGAGAGGUGAUUCAUGCUCAAGAUAAAAAAAAAAAACAAAAAAAAAACAUUAAUCACCAUGACAAUAAACUCUAACAAGAUAGAGCCUUUUGAGCAAAUCUAGAAUGGCAUUUUCUGUGGCAGCGUGACGAUCGUCCCCGUUGUCCAUUUCUUUACCUGCUAGCUGUUAGACCUUUAGAGUAACGUGUCUUUGUUCAAAUGUAAACCUAACGACUGUACAGUGUUCUCUUGAAAAAUAAAGUGAUCAUUCAGCUAUACAGCCAACACAAUAACAACAAUAGGCUCUCUCCGCCAAAGCUUGAACACAUCAAAAUUUGGACGCAGUGUGCUGGUCACUACUGUAACAAACUGAAGUGGUUUCUGACUAUAGCUGCUUUCAUCCAAUGUAUGAUUUUACUGGACUCCGCCUAUGUGUGUGAUACCUUGUGACUUGGUGAUAUAUUUCCGACCCUGAGCCUUUUGAUCAUUACAGUGAGUUGUUUUAGUGCUACUGUUGCAGCGGGGCGUCAUUUCGGAAAAAUAAAAGCAACCCAUGCACAGGCCUAGUGAAGUACUUUUGGCGUAACUCUAAAUAAAAAACUAUGUCUGCUGUUAAUUUUACUUAUCUUAACAAAGAAACAAGGGGUCGUUUCAUUAGCUGGGUGGAAGUCUGUGUGUAUGUGGAGACUCGACAACUGACCUUACAAAAGAAAUCUGAAGAGAUGUGAUUUUUCUAAUAGAUGAUGUAGUUCUUUUAAUCUAGAAAUCUCACAGCACAAUUGUUCUGUAGACAUUUAUCUUGGUGUAAAGUUAUCCAGACAGCUGUUUAUCAGUAUGCUUUGCUGCCUCUUGUAUUAUUAAGUAUUGAAGAUCAAAAUGUCAACUGUCAAGUGGCUUCUGUACAGUGGUGGCAUUUUGAGGAAU